UCAGAACACAUCGGAAGGAAAGUCACAGACGAUAUAAUAAAAUAUAUUUAGAGUAAUCAGGUAUUUCGUAUGCGUAUAUAGCGAAAUUAUAUUCGCUUUGUCGAUAGGCAUAGCCGGAACCAUGUAGUCGUAAGCUAGCUAGGUCCACAUGGAUAGCUUGCUAAGUUAGCCCACGCUGAUCUAGCUAGCUCCGCUAACGUUAGCUGCUUUGUACACCGCUAGCUAUCAAGCUAUAGUUGUUGUGGCGUGGACUAAGAUAAACCCAAUCUUACAGUCCACACUAUAACAGCUAUUGGGUUUAUUAUGCCUGCUAAUUACGUCCCGACUGAUUUGCUCCAAUGUUGGGAUUGAUUUGAACAUGAAUAGAAUAGCUAAGUAACUAGCUAGCCAGCUAACUCAUGAGAGGAAUGGCUACGUUCCAGGCUGAUCUCAAAACGGCUGGUUAUAUGGUUUAAAUAUCAGUUAAUAAUGACAUGAAAUUACAGAUGAGUGUUUUGAUGGGUAAAUAUUUUUUUUACAGGUACUCUAAAGUCCUGCCAUUGACUGCAUGGUCGUUGUUGCCACACGAGCAGGACAAUAUGAAUCCACUCAGUUCAGAGAAGGAAACGUUGAUGGAUGAAAUCGAAAAGAGUUUAUGGAAUUUAACUGAGGACAAUCUACGCUACAUGUGUGAACGUUGUGGAAUGGAUGGCCCUGAAAUUAAAGGGAUGAAUCAUCGCUUAUUAAGGCGUAAAGUCAUGGAGGAAAUGUGGGACAAUACGGAGUCAAUGAAAUCAGAGGAGCAGGGAAUGUCUUGGUUAGUCCAACUGAAAGAGGACAUCAGGAGGACACAGGAGGAGGGUAGCAGUGCACUCAUGAGUCCCGGCCAAUCAGAUGACGUAGACCGGAAUGAAGAACACAACAAGGGGGACAGGGAUUGGUUGCCGAGCAACGGACUGACAGCGGAACCCUUGCAUCCCAGCCAAUGUGGUGAUGAUGCUGUCGACUGCGAUGAAGAUUGGAAUGAAGAGGGAGGAGCUGGGUUGCUUAGCAAUGGACUGGAGGCAGAUUCAGCUCCAGAGAGCCACAGUUACGAAAAGCCUCCACCACCCCUCUCCCCUCUCCCAGAGUCUCCGGGUCAUGCCUCUCCCAGCAGGGCCUUAUUGUGUGGUCUGAAGAGGGUGUCUGUACGGCUCGACGACUGCAGGAAGACACCGGGGCAGAGUAGCCAUAUAAUACACAAGACAACACAGACGGGAGAGAAACUCUCAGGAGACAGGCCUGGCUCCCAUAUCUGUGAUCACUGUGGGAAGAAUUUUGUCACAGCUACCAAUCUGAAAACACAUUUACUGUGUCUGUCUGGAGAGAAACCUUACAUGUGCUCUGAAUGCGGAAAGAGAUUCACGCAGGCCGGCAAUCUUAAGAGACACCAGAGAACUCAUACUGGGGAGAAGCCGUUUGUUUGUCCUCGUUGUGGGAAAGACUACAAUGAUUCUGGAAACUUAAAGAAACACAUGAGGUCCCAUGCUGUUAAACAAUACACAGGGAACCCCAAAGUGAAACCUUACCUCUGCUCUGAUUGUGGGAAGCAAUUCAUUGGAAAACAAAGCCUUGAAUAUCACCGAGAGGUUUUUCACACAGAUCACCCUCACCGCUGUGGUCAAUGUAAGAAGAGCUUCAUAACUGCAGCAAGACUGGAAUCGCACAUAAAAACAAGGCACCCGCCAAGUGAUCCUCUGAAGAACCCACAUGUGUGCUCUGAAUGCGGAAGGGGAUUCCCUGUGGCCGCCAGUCUUAAAAGACACCUGAGAAUCCAUUCUGAGGAGAAACCGUACUCCUGCCCUCAGUGUGGAAACAGUUACAGUGAUCGUGGAAAUUUAAAGAAACACAUCAGAACUCACACAGAAGAGAAACCCUACCACUGCUCGGUGUGUGGGAUGAAGUUCCGUCAUACAAAAACGUUACAACGGCAUCACCAGGAGAACCAUAAGGGGGAGACACUGGGUCCCAUCCACAGGCACCAAGACCCUCUUCCAUGCCCCCACUGCGGGGAGGUGUUCUCUACCAAGGCUCUUCUAAAGGAUCAUGUACGGACCCACCCUAGCCGGGUCCACUGCUCCCAGUGCGACAAGACCUUUUCCAAUAAAGGUAAUUUACUUGUUCAUCAGAGGAAACACACUGGAGAGAGGCCUUACCUUUGCCCUCAGUGUGGGAAGAGUUUCUCUCUGGCAGGGAGUUUAAAACUUCAUCUCCGGAUUCAUGCGGGUGAGAAACCUUACUGCUGUACUUACUGUGACAAGAGAUUCACAAGGAAGGGCCACUGCAAUAGCCACAUGCGAAUCCACACUGGAGAGAAACCGUACCAAUGCCCUGACUGCGGGAGGAGGUUUGCUGACGGUAAUGUCCUGAAAAACCACCGGCGGACCCACACAGGAGAGAAACCGUUCCAGUGCCGCAUGUGUGAUAAAGCCUUCGCUCAGUUGACCAGUCUGAAGAAACAUCAGGAGACACACAGCCAUAAUCACACUGUAAGGUAAAGCCUUGGCCCAGUUGACCAGUCUGAAGAAACACCAGGAGACACAAAUCCAGCCCGUCUCUGUCGGCAAUCGCUACGUACCACACAAUCAGUCCAUCCCUAAUACUUACCCACCCUGUCUCUUUGGCCCUCACCAUGUUGGCAGUUCUAGGGAGGGAUUUGGGACCAGGGGACUGAAGUUACCAGAGACAAACAGCUGUAAAUACAACUUUGUAUCGCCGACUUCCUCUCAUUGGGGCCAUCGGAAGGCAUUGGAUCAGGUGUCUUCUUGAUCUCUGGUUUUAAAAGACUUGUCAGCAAUCUUACCAACCAUGACCAGUUCAUUUUAAAUGACAAAUGUGGGUAUCCUGUUAGCCUGACAUCCAGACCUGUUAGCCCGACAUCCAGACCUGUUAGCCCGACAUCCAGACCUGUUAGCCCGACAUCCAGACCUGUUAGCCCGACAUCCAGACCUGUUAGCCUGACAUCCAGACCUGUUAGCCUGGCAUCCAGACCUGUUAGCCUGGCAUCCAGACCUGUUAGCCCGACAUCCAGACCUGUUAGCCCGACAUCCAGACCUGUUAGCCCGACAUCCAGACCUGUUAGCCCGACAUCCAGACCUGUUAGCCCGACAUCCAGACCUGUUAGCCUGACAUCCAGACCUGUUAGCCCGACAUCCAGACCUGUUAGCCCGACAUCCAGACCUGUUAGCCUGACAUCCAGACCUGUUAGCCCGACAUCCAGACCUGUUAGCCUGACAUCCAGACCUGUUAGCCUGACAUCCAGACCUGUUAGCCCGACAUCCAGACCUGUUAGCCUGACAUCCAGACCUGUUAGCCUGACAUCCAGACCUGUUAGCCCGACAUCCAGACCUGUUAGCCUGACAUCCAGACCUGUUAGCCCGACAUCCAGACCUGUUAGCCUGACAUCCAGACCUGUUAGCCUGACAUCCAGACCUGUUAGCCUGACAUCCAGACCCGUUAGCCUAACAUCCAGACCCGUUAGCCUGACAUCCAGACCUGUUAGCCUGACAUCCAGACCUGUUAGCCCGACAUCCAGACCUGUUAGCCCGACAUCCAGACCUGUUAGCCCGACAUCCAGACCUGUUAGCCCGACAUCCAGACCUGUUAGCCUGACAUCCAGACCUGUUAGCCUGACAUCCAGACCUGUUAGCCCGACAUCCAGACCUGUUAGCCUGACAUCCAGACCUGUUAGCCCGA